AUGAGUUAAUUUAUAACAAAUAAUUAUUUCUAACACUUCCUUAAAAAUGAUUCUAAUCGAAGGGUUAAAACACUCAAUUCUAUCAGUGAUUCAUGCUAAUCUAAAAUUAAGAAAGUUAUAAUUCCUAAAAAUAUAAGUAUUGACAAAGAGACCUUGUAUGAAUAAUUGUAUUUAGAAAAGCUCAGAUCUAAAAAAUUAUCAGUUGAUAAUCAAUCAUUAAUAGGAGCACUAUCGAAGAUUGAAAAUAAUUUCAAUUAAAUGGAUUAAAAUGAUUAAAAAAAGAUGCUCUCAUAAAGUUUUCUAAAAAUAAAAUAACAAGAUUUAGAAAUUUAAACACUUAAAGAAAGCCUCUAAUACAAAAUAUAGGUAGAACUGAAAAAAUAGAUCCAAGAAUUAUAAACUGAAUUACUCAAAUACUAAAUUUCUUCUAAGUUUGAAGGAGAUUAGUGUUAGUUAAUCGAAGACAAUGUUAAUUUAUUGAAUUAAAUUGAAUCUUAAAAAUAAUAUAUUAUUGAUUUAGAAAAGACUCGCUCUGAAUACAUUCUCAUAAGAUCAAAAUUUAAUUAAUUAUAGUAAAUUUUAAAACUUAAGGAAUAAUAAAUAUAAAAAUUCAGAGAUAGAGAUCCACUUUCAGAAAUGAACCUUUUGAGAAAUCCUACUUAAAAAGAAAAGUUAUUGAUGGAUGAACUUACCAUGAAAAAAGAUGAAAUUCAGCUUCUUAAUUAUAAGUUGAAUUAGAGUCAAUCUAUAAUUUAGGAAACAUAAAAUACUUUGACUUAAUUAGAUCAAGAAUCAAAACAUAAGAUAUAGUAUUUAGAAACCGAAAAAAAAAUUUUAAUUGAAAGGUUGGAAAAAAUUCAAUAAGAUUACUAUGCUCUAUUGGAAAAGCAAAAAUAAAUUGAUAAGUAAAAAUUGAUUACAUUUUUUUAGAUAUCUAUCUUAAUUUUAGAAAAAAAAAAUAUAAACUUCACCUUUUAUUUUUGAAGAUUCCCUUUUUCAAUCUGCAACCUAACUCCCAUUAUCUCCUACAGUAUCUCCUAAUGACUAAUUAAUUGUGAAAUAAGUAAGGAAAUAAUAAAUAGAAUAAGUUGUUCUUGAACUUAAAUUAACUUUAAGAAAAAAAAAAGUGACUAUAUAAGAAGCUGAAAAUGUAUUAUAUUCAUAAUUUAUAUAGGUCUUAUUUUCUGAUGAGAAUGAAAUAUCUGUGAAUGAAAUUGAAAAAAAGUUAAAGGAUAAUCCAUUUUCCAUCAAAAGCAGUACUUUAUUAGCUAGAUAUCUAAUUGAGGAUUAUUCUGAGAAGUAAUUAUUAUUUUAAUAUUAUUUAGAGAAUUCGUAUAUGAUCCUGAUUUAAAAGCUCCUUAAGCACAUGUAAGAAGCGUUUUUAAAAAUUUGCUUUAAAAUUACAAAUUAAUUUUCGAAGAUUAAGUGAUAGAGACAGUGAAAAUUUUAAUAAAACAAUAUUUAUUGGAAUUUUGUUAAAAGAAAUCGUUAUCAAUAAUAAAAUUGGAGAACAUAAUUGAUUGUUUUCAGUUCUCUGAAAUAUAAUGGAAUGGAAAACAUUCUGAUUAUCUUUAACAAGAAUAUUAUAAUAAGUAUAAUAUAUUCUAAGAAUUUGAAAUAAGUAAAUUAUUAAAGUUGUUUGAUGAAGAAUGA